AAAACGACAGUAAAACAACGAAGAAGAAGCAGCCGUUUCCUUGAUGCUGGAUAGUCUGGGGAGCUUUUCGCUGUGAUGCCGCUUGAAAGAUGGCCGCUUUCGGGAUCCUGAGUUACGAGCACCGUCCCCUGAAGCGGCCGCGACUCGGUCCUCCAGACGUUUAUCCGCAGGACCCGAAGCAGAAAGAGGAUGAACUGACGGCACUGAAUGUGAAACAGGGAUUUAAUAAUCAGCCGGCAGUGUCAGGGGACGAACAUGGCAGUGCUAAAAAUGUCAAUUUCAAUCCUUCCAAGAUUAGCUCCAACUUCAGCAGCAUCAUCGCAGAGAAGCUGCGAUGUAAUACAUUCCCAGAUACCGGAAAGAGGAAGCCACAGGUUAACAUGAAGGAUAAUUUUUGGUUGGUUACUGCAAGAUCACAGAGUUCCAUCAACAACUGGUUUACUGACCUGGCUGGAACAAAGCCACUUACCCAGCUAGCUAAGAAGGUUCCAAUUUUCAGUAAGAAGGAGGAAGUUUUCGGCUAUCUGGCGAAACACAGUGUGCCGGUGAUGCGGGCUGCUUGGAUGAUCAAGAUGACCUGUGCCUAUUAUGCAGCAAUAACAGAGACCAAAGUCAAGAAGCGGCACGUCAUCGACCCCUGCAUUGAAUGGACCCAGAUCACCACUAAAUAUCUGUGGGAACAGCUUCAGAAGAUUGCAGAGUUCUACCGGUCAUCUGGCGGGCAGGGAGGGGCCUCUCCCCUCCCGGCCCCCCCUGCAGAAGUGGAGGCAGCCAUGAAGCAGUGGGAGUACAAUGAGAAGCUAGCCAUGUUCAUGUUCCAGGAUGGCAUGCUGGAUAGGCAUGAAUUCCUGACCUGGGUCUUGGAGUGCUUCGAGAAGAUCCGGCCCGGAGAGGACGAGCUCCUGAAGCUUCUGUUGCCACUUAUGCUGCAGUACUCAGGGGAAUUUGUGCAGUCAGCCUACCUCUCCAGGAGACUGGCUUAUUUCUGCACGCGGCGCCUCAACUUGCUGCUCACCGAUGGAUCCGUGGGGCCUGGCUCGCAUUCCACACAGUCGGGGAAUGUGAUACCUCCAACGCCGGCCUCCCAGCCAGCAGGGGGCAGCCAACCCCAGGCCCCCUUCACUGACUUCUACAUCUGCCCCCAGCACCGACCCUUGGUUUUUGGGCUCAGCUGCAUGCUUCAGAGUAUUGUGCUGUGUUGUCCGAGUGCUUUGGUGUGGCAUUACUCACUCACAGACAGUAGGAACAAGACUGGCUCUCCGCUGGACCUCUUGCCCAUCGCGCCCUCCAGCUUACCCAUGCCCGGAGGCAGCAACUCCUUCACUCAGCAGGUGCGCCUGAAGCUUCGAGAAAUUGAGGAGCAGAUCAAGGAGCGCGGGCAGGCGGUUGAGUUCCGAUGGUCCUUUGACAAAUGCCAGGAGACCACUGCCGGCUUCACAAUUGGUAGGAUCCUGCAUACCCUGGAGGUGUUGGACAGUCACAGCUUUGAGAAGUCUGACUUCAGCAACUCCCUAGACUCCUUGUAUAAUCGCAUCUUCGGCUCAGGACAAAGCAAGGAUGGCCAUGAGAUGACCCCCGACGAUGACGCGGUGGUGACUCUGCUGUGUGAGUGGGCGGUUUGCUGCAAGAGGUCGGGACGGCACCGCGCCAUGGUGGUGGCCAAGCUCUUGGAGAAGAGGCAAGCUGAGAUUGAGGCAGAGAGGUGCGGGGAGUCGGAGGUGGUGGAUGAAAAAGGGUCGGUGUCCUCCGGCUCGCUCUCUGCUGCUACCAUGCCUGUCUUCCAGGAUGUCCUGCUGCAGUUCCUGGACACUCAGGCACCUAUGCUCACUGAACCUGGCAAUGAGAGCGAGCGUGUAGAAUUCUCCAACCUGGUCCUCCUGUUCUGUGAGCUGAUUCGCCAUGACGUCUUCUCCCACAACAUCUACAUGUGUACCCUCAUCUCCCGUGGCGACCUGGCCUCCGACCCCCACUUGCCCCGCCCCCGUUCCCCUGGCGACGAGCCGUCCGACGACAUGGAGCGUAAGGAGCAGGAGGCCGGCGGAGUUGUCAAGAUGGAGUAUACUAGUCUGUCUGAGUCAAUGGAGAAUGAACCCAACUCAAGUGCAAAUUUUGAUGAGAUGUUUUCCCCACCCAUGCACAGUGAGUCAAAGGGUAGCCCUUCCCCAGAGAAGCCUGUCCCCGAGCAGGACGUGAAAGGCGGAGUGAAGGAGAAAGCCGGGGACCCCGCCUUCCCGCUGGUGUACGAGCAGCCGCGCCACAUCCAGUAUGCCACGCACUUCCCCAUCCCUCAGGAGGAGAGCGCCAGCCACGAGUGCAACCAGCGCCUGGUGGUGCUCUAUGGCGUGGGCAAGCAGCGGGACGAGGCCCGGCACACUAUCAAGAAAAUCACCAAAGACAUCCUGAAAGUGCUGAACCGCAAAAGUACCGCGGAGACUGGGGGAGAGGAAGGGCAGAAGAGGAAGAGGAGCAAGCCCGAAGCCUUCCCGACGGCAGAAGACAUAUUCUCUAAAUUCCAGCUUCUCUCCCACUUUGACCAGCAUCAGGUCACCUCUCAGGUGUCUAGGAAUGUUCUGGAACAGAUCACCAGUUUUGCCUUAGGGAUGUCCUACCACCUGCCCCUGGUCCAGCACAUCCAAUUCAUCUUUGACCUCAUGGAGUACUCGCUCAACAUUAGUGGCCUCAUAGACUUUGCCAUUCAACUGUUGAACGAGCUCAGCCUGGUGGAGGCGGAGCUUCUGUUGAAGUCCUCGAGCCUGGCGGGUAGCUACACCACGGGGCUCUGCCUCUGCAUCGUCGCCGUGCUCCGGCGCUACCACUCCUGCCUCAUCCUCAACCCCGAGCAGACGGCGCAGGUCUUUGACGGAUUACGCAUCGUGGUGAAGCAUGGUGUGAACCCAGCAGACUGCUCCUCGGCUGAACGUUGCAUUCUAGCCUACCUGUACGACCUCUACACCUCCUGCAGUCACCUGAAGAGCAAGUUUGGGGAGAUAUUCAGUGAUUUUUGCUCAAAAGUGAAGAAUUCCAUCUACUGCAACAUUGACCCUUCUGACUCCAACAUGUUGUGGGACCCAGUAUUCAUGAUAGAAACCAUAGCCAACCCUUCGGCACCAAACUUUAACCACUCCAUGGUGGGAAAAAUCCUCAAUGACAGCCCUGCCAAUCGCUACAGCUUUGUGUGCAAUGUGCUCAUGGAUGUCUGUGUGGACCACCGAGAUCCUGAGAGGGUGAAUGACAUUGGCAUUCUGUGUGCUGAGCUGACGGCGUACUGCCGCUCGCUAAGCGCGGAAUGGCUGGGAGUCCUCAAAGCACUCUGCUGCUCCUCUAACAAUGGCAACUGUGGCUUUAACGACCUCCUGUGCAAUGUAGACGUCAGUGACCUGUCCUUCCAUGACUCUUUGGCUACGUUCGUUGCCAUCCUCAUUGCCCGGCAGUGUCUCCUCCUGGAAGAUUUGGUACGCUGUGUAGCUAUCCCUUCUCUUCUAAAUGCUGCCUGCAGUGAGCAGGACUCUGAGCCUGGAGCCAGACUGACCUGCAGGAUUCUCCUCCAUUUAUUCAAGACCCCACAACGUAACCCGUGCCCUCAGGACAGUUCCAAGUCAGCAACCGUUGGGAUCCGUUCAUCGUGUGAUCGCCACCUUUUGGCUGCAUCACAGAACAGCAUCGUUGUUGGUGCGGUGUUUGCUGUUCUCAAGGCUGUUUUUAUGCUGGGGGACGCCGAGCUCAAAGGCUCUGGCUUCUCCCACCCAGCUGGGCUGGAUGAUAUAAGCGAAGACGACAUGGGCUCCAAGAAGGGCUCUGGCCGUGCCGUUUCCAUAGAGACUGCCAGCUUGGAUGUAUAUGCAAAGUAUGUGUUAAAGAGCAUCUGCCAGCAGGAAUGGGUGGGGGAGCGCUGCCUGAAGUCUCUCUCGGAGGACAGCAGUGCCCUGCAGGACCCCGUGCUGGUCAACAUCCAAGCCCAGCGCCUCCUGCAGCUCAUCUGCUACCCCCACAGGCAGCUGGACAGCGAGGAGGGAGACAACCCGCAGCGGCAGCGAAUCAAACGCAUCCUGCAGAACAUGGACCAGUGGACCAUGAGACAGUCGUCCCUAGAGCUCCAGCUCAUGAUCAAGCAGAGCACAAAUAACGAAUUAAAUACUUUAUUGGAGAAUAUCGCCAAGGCCACGAUAGAGGUGUUCCAGAAGUCUGCUGAGAUGAAUACCAGUAACCCCACGGGCAAUGGAGCUGCUGUUCCCAAUAGCUUGGGGGCCUCUGCUUCGAACAGCAACAGCGGCAGCAAGAUGAAGCCGGUGCUCAGCUCGUCUGAGCGAUCAGGAGUCUGGCUGGUGGCUCCACUCAUAGCCAAGCUGCCCACCUCAGUGCAGGGACACGUGCUGAAGGCCACGGGCGAGGAGCUGGAGAAGGGCCAGCACCUGGGCUCCUCGUCCCGCAAGGAGCGAGACCGGCAGAAACAGAAGAGUAUGUCCCUCCUGAGUCAGCAGCCCUUCCUGUCCUUGGUGCUGACGUGCCUGAAGGGUCAGGAUGAGCAGAGGGAGGGGCUCCUGACCUCGCUCUACAGUCAGGUCCAGCAGAUUGUGACAAACUGGCGUGAAGACCAGUAUCAGGAUGACUGCAAAGCCAAGCAAAUGAUGCAUGAAGCCCUGAAGUUGCGGCUUAACCUGGUGGGGGGCAUGUUCGACACGGUGCAGCGCAGCACCCAGCAGACUACUGAGUGGGCAGUGUUACUCCUGGACAUCAUCAGCAGCGGCACUGUGGACAUGCAGUCCAACAAUGAGUUGUUCACCACCGUCCUGGAUAUGCUGAGUGUGCUUAUUAAUGGCACACUAGCUGCUGAUAUGUCCAGCAUCUCCCAGGGCAGCAUGGAGGAGAACAAGAGGGCCUACAUGAAUUUGGUGAAGAAGCUCAGGAAGGAACUAGGAGACCGACAGUCGGAGAGCCUCGAGAAAGUGCGGCAGUUACUGCCUCUCCCGAAGCAGACUCGCGAUGUCAUUACCUGCGAGCCCCAGGGCUCCUUAAUCGACACUAAGGGGAACAAGAUAGCCGGCUUCGAGAAAGAGGGUCUUCAAGUUUCAACGAAGCAGAAGAUAUCUCCGUGGGAUGUGUUUGAGGGGCAGAAACACUCUGCCCCCCUGUCCUGGGGCUGGUUUGGGACUGUCCGGGUGGACCGUAAGGUCACCAAGUACGAGGAGCAGCAGCGCCUCCUGCUGUACCACACGCACCUGAAGCCCAAACCCCGUAGCUACUACCUGGAGCCCUUGCCGCUACCCCCCGAAGAGGAGGAGCCUCCCACGCCUGUGGCCCCCGAGCCAGAGAAGAAGAUGGCCGAGGCAGCCAAAACGGAAAAGAGCACGCCUGCCAUCACCUCGGACCCCAGCAAGAAGAAGAACAGCAAAAAGAAGAGGAACCAGUCAACAAGCAAAACUGAAGACUAUGUGAUGAGCACCGCAAGAGGAUCUUACGUGAACACCAUGCCUACGGACCUCCUACAUAACCAGCCUGGGCACCAUUACAACAGGAUGGCAUAUAGCCAUCAACCUAUGGGCAUUUAUCCUCAGAAUCAGCCUUUGCCUGCAGGUGGUCCUCGGCUUGAAACCUCUUACCGGCCUCCUCGCAAUAUUUCUAUGGGCAAACUGGUGCCCACCCGGCCACCUUACCCGAACAUGAUGCCCACUGUGCCGGGGAGCAUGCCAGGCAUGAUGUCUCUGGAGCAGCAGCAGCAGCAGCAGUAUAAGAUGACUAACUACAAGCAGCAGCCCCCCAUGCCGCAGAGUCAGAUGAUGCGAUUGCACCUGCAGGCAAAACUGAACAUGCAACAAAUGCGACAAAUGACACCCAACAACCAGUACUCAUCAAUGCAACCCUCCCAGAAUAUUGCGCAGGGCUACACGUCCUACGGCUCUCACAUACAUCCUCACCCCUCCCAGACUGCUGGGAUGGUUCACUCCGCCUACUCCAGCCAGGGAUUCCCAGGGUCGCAACCUGGCUCCAACCCACCCAUGGUGGACCCUUUAAGGCAUAUCCAGCAGAGGCCCAGUGGCUAUGUUCAUCAGCAGGCACCCAGCUAUGUGCACACUAUGCAGACUACACAAAGAUUUGCCCACCAGUCAAUGCAGCAGGCGCCGAUGGUGCAGGGGAUGGCUCACAUGGGCGGCCAGGUGGUGCACCCCGCCAUGAGGGCUAACCCCCUGCUGACCGAGCAGCAGCAGGCGCAGCAGCAAGCGCAGCAGCAGCAGGCGGCGCAGCAGCAAGCGCAGCAGCAGCAGGCUCAGCAGCAAGCGCAGCAGCAGCAGGCGCAGCAGCAGCAGGCGCAGCACCAGCCGCAGUACCUGCGCCCGCUGCCUGCGGCUCUGCGGCAGCAGCAGGUCCAGCAGGUCCAGCAGGUCCAACAGCAACAGGUGCAGCAACAGCAAGUGCCGCAGCAGCAAGUGCAGCAGCAGGUGGGGGGGUCGCAGCCCCCUGCCCAGGCACAGCCGCAGGCCCUGGGCAUGCAGCCCCUCCCACCACAGCAGCCCAUGUUUCCUCGGCAGGGUAUGCAGCAGACUCAACAGCAACAGCAAACAGCUGCCCUGGUCAGACAGCUGCAGCAGCAGCUUUCAAAUUCACAACCUGGACAGAGCACCAAUUCAUAUUACUGAAUAAGGGGCUUCUAUGGGUGAGCGACUUGGAAGCCCUCAAAGACAUUGUGUGAUGUGUGUUGGUCCUUAUGGAUAUUUUUCAUCCUUUGUGGGUAAAGAUGGAACCUUUGUCCACACCCGUGUUUCCCCAUUCCUCAUGCUUCUGGGAACAAGGCUAAUGGAGCAGGGACUGUUGCUUAAUCUCAAGAACAGACAUGCAAGCAGCAAACAGACAAUGCAUUAGUUGCAUUAAAAAUGAUGGAUAAUCUUGAACUACAAGGAGGAGGGCUCUGUUGUGAAAAUAGUGUUUGCCCUGAGCAGAGAAUAAUGGAAGACAUUAUGUGUUUAAAAAAAAAGAAGCUAUAAUUGUUACUUUUAUUUCAAUUUGUACUAUAUUGGUUUUUGUUUUUCUCAUUAAAAAUCAAUUAAUUUUAUCCA